ACGGAACCAAACGAAGGAACCUGGACCAAAGAACCUCCUGACACAUUCGUUUUUUCUUUUUUCUCUUUAACCAACAACUCCCUCUCUCUCUCUCUCGACCCUUUAAAAUCACAGCGCCUAUCCUUGAUGGAUAUCACUACACCCCAAGAACACAUAAAAGUAGAAAAGGCUCCGUCCAAAGCCAACCGUACUCCCAAAAAUAAAAAAUCCAACCGCAAGUCUCCCAAAACCACUCCAAAAGGCGCUGUUACCAUGACUCCUCCCACUGAACCACAACAAAAGUCUCCAAAGAAGCCUUCCAACAAGGCUGUGACAUCACCUUCUCCACGAAAGAAUACCCCUCGAAACGCAAAGAAGGCAAACUCUUCCCAUCGCAAGUCAUCAGUGUCCGCUAAUUCUAGUGGCUCUUCGUCUGCCGAGGACAAUGUUCCCCAGCUAUCGUAUGCUAGCAGUGGAACGGAAUCUGAUGACUCUGACCAUUUUGAUACCCAGCUUUCUUAUGAUAUGUAUGCUAUGAAUAUUAACAGGUGCGUAUAUGAAAGCCCAACUUUUAAUACAUCGGCUGGUCCAGCCUUGACUAAAUUGCUAAGAUACCAUAAUAGCCAACAAGCAAAGCAAGCUGCUGGUCACCAGCCUCGCCGUCAAAAAGUGGCCAUAGCUGCUACGCAAGAUGCAAAGUAUGCUGGCCCAACUUUUAGCAAUGCACCUGCACCCAAUAAGCUCCCUCUCCCUGGUUUCAACCAUGCCCAAAAGGCUGCAACUGAAGUCGAACUGCAACGCAGGUCUCGAGAUCUUUUCAAUCUUUUGGUACCUCAACACCAACAACCUUUCACACCGCCAAUGAACAAUGUAUAUAACCCGCCUGUCCCGCAAAUGAGUCACGAAAGAGCCUUAACCCUUAAUGAAAUCCAACAAGGACUGCGAGCAGUUCUCAAGAUUCAGGCUUAGAGUAAACUUCCAUUAUAUCCACUGCGACAUCCACGAACGCUAUUUGAACCUUGUUUUCUUUAUAUGUUUCCGGAAAACAUUGUUCCUUAUUUGAAAUACUUCUAUCUCUGUUUUGGCGUUCGCUCAUAUCGUAUUGUAUCAUACUUCUUGUUUGCUUUCUGUUGUCGUUGCCGUUGUGUUUUUUUUUCUUUCUUUCUUUUUUUUUUUUUAUUACCCCCAUUCUCGUACAUUCCUCUUUUUCAUGUUUCUGUACAAAGAUGUAUGUUUCUUUUCAUUCUAUUGAUUUCUGUUUCGUAUUCUUUUAUUUUCGUUAUUACCGCUCUCCAACCAUUCCAAUCAUCGCUUAAAACAAGUUGUAUUUAUGUCUCAUUUUCAUAAAGAAUAACUGUUUUGUCAAAACAAAAGCUCUUCUUGUUACAUUGAUGCUCGUAGUGUUGGCCUACCUAAAAGG